AAUCUCAUCAAAUAUCUUCUCUUUCCCUUUUCUUCAACUUUCACAGAGCAAAGUAAACCUCUUUCAGUCUUCACUUCGAACUCAAUUUUCUGAUCAGAAGUGUCACUUUGGUUACUUCAUUUCAUUUUCAGUAUUUCCUCGUUUCCCACGAGCGAAUCAUGUCUGUAAUUGGAGAGGCUGCUUUAUCCGCUUUCUUUGGGAAGCUGUUUGACAACUUAACUUCCUAUGAUCUGCUGAAGUUCUUUCAGGAAGAGAAAGUUGAUGCUGACCUCAAGAGGUGGAGGACAACUUUGAUGAAGAUCCAUGCAGUUCUGGAUGACGCAGAAGAGAAGCAGAUGACAAACAGGUUCGUGAAGAUCUGGUUGGAUGAGCUGGAACACUUGGCCUAUGAUGUGGACGACAUCUUGGACGAGUUUGCUACUGAAGCUUUGCGACGCAAGUUGAACCCUGAACCCAGCACAAGUAAGGUACGGAAGAUCGUUGAUGCUUGUAUUGGUUCGAAUCGAAGUUUUGCUACCUCAAUGCGGUCCAAGAUUGAAGAGAUUGAUACAAGACUGCAAAAUAUAGUGACUGAUAAGAAAGAUCUGGAGUUGAGAGAAAAUGCAGGCCUGGGAAGAGCUGGAGCGACAAGACCAAGGGUGCCCACCACUUCUCUAGUGAAUGAAGGUCGUGUUUACGGCAGAGAAGAAGAUAAAAAGGCUAUUGUCAAGUUGUUGCUGAGUGGUGAAUCGAGUGAUGCUCAACUCUCUGUGAUUCCCAUACUUGGUAUGGGAGGGUUGGGUAAGACGACUCUUGCCCAACUAGUCUACAAUGACGAUGAGGUGAGCCAUUAUUUUGAUUUGAAAGCAUGGGUUUGUGUUUCUGAAGAUUUUGAUAUCAUAAGAGUAACUAAAGCAAUUCUGCAAUCUGUCACUUUUGAACAUUGUGAUGCUAAUGAUUUAAAUUUAAUACAAGUUAAAUUGAAGAAGACAUUAUCUGGAAAGAAGUUUUUGCUCAUUUUGGAUGAUGUUUGGAAUGAAAACUAUGAUGACUGGACUAAACUACGUAGUCCAUUUGAAUUUGGGGCUCCAGGAAGUAAGAUUAUUGUCACAGCUCGGAAUUAUGGUGUUUCAUCAACAAUGGGAACUACUCCAGCCUAUGAGUUGAAAGAGUUGUCAAAUGAUGCUUGUUGGAAUCUAUUUAGCCAACAUGCAUUGGGGACAACAGAUUAUACUGCACAUCCAAAACUUGAAGAAAUUGGUAGAAAAAUCUUAGACAAGUGUAAGGGCUCACCUUUGGCAGCAAAAGUACUUGGAGGCCUUUUACGCACUAAACAUGAUCAUGACCAGUGGAAAGAUGUGUUAGAUAGCAAGAUUUGGGAUAUUCCAGAGGAGAAGAGCAGUAUUUUUUCAAUUCUUAAAUUAAGCUACCAAUAUCUCCCUUCACAUUUAAAGAGGUGCUUUGCUUAUUGUUCACUAUUCCCAAAAGAUUAUGAGUUUAAGGAGAAAGAAUUAGUUUUGCUAUGGAUCGCAGAAGGUUUUUUCCAAGAAACAAAAGGGAACAAGCCAAUGGAAGAUCAUGGUGAUGAGUGUUUUCGUGAUCUCCUUAGGAGAUCAUUUUUUCAACGAUCAAGCAGCAACGGCUCACUCUUCGUCAUGCAUGAUCUUAUCAAUGAUUUAGCUCAAUGGGCAGCAAGAGGCUUGUGCUAUAGAUUGGAAGACGUAUUGGAUGGAAAUAAGCAAUUUGAGAUUUCUACAAAGGUACGUCACUUCUCUUACAUUCGAAGUUCUUUUGAAGGCAUGAAAAAGUUUGAAGACUUCCCCAAAGAUAUGCAUUUACGGACCUUCCUACCACUGCCAAUAAAUCGCUGGGGCUACUUAACAAACUACAUUCCUAAUUGUUGGCUGCCACAAUUAAGAUGCUUAAGGGUAUUGUCUUUACGUGGAUAUGAAAUCUUUGAGCUACCAAGUUCAAUCGGUGAUUUGAAACAUCUAAGAUACUUAAACCUUUCUCGUACUAAGAUUACAAGUUUACCAGAAUCCACAACUUCUUUGUACAACCUGCAGACAUUGCUAUUGAAAGGUUGUUACCGCCUUAUAAAGUUACCAGAGAAAAUUGGGAAUCUACUCAGUCUUAGACAUCUUGAUAUUAGUUAUGUGAAUUCAAUUGGAGAAAUGCCAGCGGGAAUAAAAGAAUUGAAGAGCCUACAAACAUUAUCUAAUUUUGUUGUGGGGAAAGAUACCGCAUCUAAGAUAGGAGACUUGAUGAACUUGGAGUCUCUUAGGGGAACACUAUGCAUUUCAAAUUUAGAGAAUGUACUUGAUGUUGAGGAUGCAAGAAGGGCCAAUUUAAUUGGUAAGAAGAAUUUAGAUGCAUUAGUGAUGAAAUGGAAACCUGAGCUGGAUGAUUUACAAGCUGCAGGAUCUAGUCUAGAUAUUCUUGAGAUGCUACGACCUUGGACAACAGUGAAAGAAAUUUCAAUUGAUGGCUAUGUUGGAGUGAAAUUUCCAACUUGGUUUGGACAUCCGUCAUUUUCUAAUAUGGUGCUUCUAAGGAUUGAGAGGUGCAGGAAAUGCACAUCCUUACCUGCAAUUGGAAAAUUACCAUCCUUGAGAGACCUUGCCCUCGUAGGAAUGUCUGCAGUGAAAAUCAUUGGUCUUGAGUUUUAUGGUGAAGAUUGCCCAAAGCCUUUCCAAUCCUUAGAGACACUUUGCUUUGAGGAUAUGCAAGAAUGGAAAGAUUGGAUUCCAUGCAAAGUUGAGUACGAAGAAUUCCCUCGAUUGCGUGAGCUUUCUAUUUCUAGAUGCCCUAAAUUGCAAGGAAAAUUGCCUCACCAUGUUCCAUUAUUGGAAAAAAUUUCUAUUAAUGGAUGUGAGCAAUUGGACGUUUCAAUUCCAAACUUCCCAAAGCUUCAUGCAUUAGAAAUUAAUGGAUGUAAAGGGGUGGUGAGCAGAAGUACAGAUGAGUUAUGCUUCCCAAAGUCAAUUAUUCUUUCUAUUCCAUAUGUGAAAAGCUUGACGGAGGAGUUCAUGCAUGGGUUAGCUAAGGUAGAAAAUCUAGAGAUAGAUGAUUGUAAGGAGCUAACAUCUUUGUGGCAGGAUGAAUUCAAAUCCCUUAUAACGCUGGAUAUAAGAGAUUGCUCAAGCCUUGUCAACAUCAGCUUGACAUCUACUUUAAGGACACUAAAUAUUGAGGGUUGUAGUGGUUUGAAAUCCUUGUCAAUCUCUAGUUGUACAUGUUUGGAAAAGGCAAGCAUUUGGAGUUGUAAUUCUUUGACGUUGAUUUCAAGAGGUCAGUUGCCUCAAAAUUUGAAAACGCUAAAUAUAAGAGAUUGUGAGAAUUUGCAGUUUUUGGUAGAUGAGGGAGAGGCUUCUUCUAAUUCUUCUUCUCUUCUUGAGGACUUGUUUAUAUACAUCUGUCCAUCUCUAAAAUGCUUAUCAUCAAGUGGCGACCUACCUACCACGCUUAAACGCCUUCAGAUUUCGUCAUGCAUAGAGCUCGCAUCUUUAUCAUCAAAUAACGAGUUACCUACAGCUCUUAAACACCUUACUGUAUGGAACUGUCCAAAGAUGGAGUCAAUAGCGAACAACUUACCCAACAAUGCGUCUCUUGAAUAUCUUGAAAUCGGAUGUUGUGCAAAGUUGAAAUCCUUACCGGUGGGCCUACACAAACUCUGCCACCUCAAUUAUAUCGAGAUACGGAGCUGCCCUAGUUUUGUUUCCUUCCCAGAUGGAGGGUUACUCCCCACCAGCUUGAGAGAGCUUUGGAUCUGCGACUGUGAGAAACUGGAGGCCUGGCCCAACUGCAUGCCGAACCUCAAUUCUCUUCGUAUCUUCAAUUGUCCAAGCAUCAUAUACUUUCCAGAAGAGGGUUACCCCACCAAUCUAACAAAACUCUCAUUUGACGGGGAGAAUAUCUGUAAGCAAGUAACUGUGUGGGGAUUGCACAGACUAACCUCUCUUACAUCACUCCGGAUUGAUGGUGGAAUUCCAGAUUGGCAGUCGUUUCCAGAUGAGCAAGAUGGGAAGCUGACGAUGAUGCUUCCUUCCUCUCUUACCCAGCUAACGAUUUGGAGCAUUCCAAAUAUUGUAAUCCUAUCUUCUUUGGGCUUUCAAAAUCUCUCUGCUCUUGAACAAUUGUGGAUCAGAAAUUGCCCUAAACUCGCAUUCCUUCCAGAGAGGGGCCUACCUCCCUCGCUUCUGCAACUUCAUAUUGACGAGUGUCCAUUGCUGAAACAACACUGCAAGAAAGGCGGGCGAGAGUGGUCCAAGAUAGCCAACGUCCCUUGCGUUUGCAUUGAUGGGACGUCUGUCUAUUUGGUGGAGGAGGAGCAGCAAUAAAAAAAUUGUAAAACAAAGAGCAAUAUUUACUCAUAAUAGUUACUCCUUCCUUCCAGGCUAAUUCUUGCAAUGUUGCAGCAAAGACUAGCUUCUGAACCGCUAAACGGUAUAGUGGAAUUUCAAAACAUGGAGCUGUAUGAUAAAAUGCCUAAAAGAGGUAAAUAGGCAUUUGGGUUGGCUAUCAGCUGUGAUUUGAUGAUUGCUGGCUACAUAUCUUGCUUUGCAACACGAUGAUCAGUGUAUGUGCACAAAAUGUAAUUUCAAACAAAUAUUGUGCCUUGCAUCAAUUGAUCAAAGCAUUGUCACCUGUGCUGCAGAUGGCAGCCACUCUUUGGGGUAUAUGGAAUGCAGUUUUAUAGAGCCAUGCUUGAAGGAAAGGAUGUCGAUGCUUCUCAAGCUCUUAAUUACUGCAAGCAUGUGGUCACGAUCUGUCGAGAAGCAAUAGCUGGGAAUCAUUCCCUAAUGUAGCUUUAAACCUCCUGUCUACAAUUGGGAACUAUUUGUUGAAUUUAAGAUCAAAUAGGGAAACGAAUUUCUAAUCAAAGCAUGCUGACUUGUCCUCUUCUUGACCAGAAUUUAAGGCUUUGUCCCUGAGUCAGAGACUCUGACUUAGUAUCCAUGUUGAAGAGAAAAUGAAUUUCUUGAUGUGGUGAAUCUUGUUUGAUUUGCUGAAUACCACUAAUAGAUGAUAUUGCAGAUUGAAACCACCCUACCAGCAAAGUUGCAGAAUCAAUCAAAACGACAAAACCUUCUGAGACCAAUGAAAUUUAUUGGUUCUCCAAUGGCUAAGAAGAAGAGCUGGUUCAACAUAUUGAAGAGGUUCUUUAUAAGAGAGACAAACUCAAAACAAGAAACGGAGAAGGAAAUGGAUUUUUGGAGGGCUGAAGAUUAAAAGGUUAUCCUUGCUCACUGCACCAUCAUCAUUAAAUGAAAAAAAUCUAGGUGAGGCUGAGAAAGAGCUAAUCAAGCAUGCUCUCGCUGUGGCCCAUGCCACCACUGCUGCUGCUGAAGUAGCUGUUACAACUGCUCUAGUUGCUGCUGAGAUUGUCCAGUUCACCAGAACUCUUCAAUAUAACCAUCAAUGUGUAAAUGACAUGGAAGAGUUUUCAGUCAUUAGAGUUCAAGGUGAAGCCCCUCAGUCCAACUAUCAAUGCAUGAGAGAAAUCCAUGAAUUUGCUGCCACUUGAAUUCAGUCUGCCUUUAGGGGUCUACCUUGUGAGUUUAAAGGCAAGGAAACUUUGUGGGAGGCAGAGCAAUAAGAUGCCAAACUUUAACAACCCUAAAGUUCUUGCAGUCCAUUGUAAUUAUUCAGUCACAAGGCUGCACAAGAAUAUUUGGAAUGGUGGAAGGCACUUGGAAUUAUGAUGGAAGUGAACGAUUGCAGAAUUGGAAAGACGAGAUAACAAGGAUAGACACAAACAAUCAAAGAAGGUGGGAUGACAGUGUAUUGUCAAAGGAAGAGGCAGAUGCAUUGUUUGAGUAGGAAAGAGGCCAUACUUAAGAGAGAACGGAUAAAGGAAUAGUGGUUUACCCAUUUGAAUUCAGCAGAUAAGAUCAAAAAAUAGUAAAUGGAAGAUGGAGGCACUGGUUGGACCAAUGAGAUACACAAAUUACCCUCAGCAGAGAACUUGAAGAUUUGGACUCGGCUUUGACUUCAAACCCAAGACAAAGAGAUGACUAUGAAAGAAGGCAACUUAAGCUAAUAAACGUUAAGUGAUAGAGUAAGUUGGAAGGAUUGGAUUCUCCAAUAUUUGUUCCCAUAGGAUCAAUUCGUCAUGGGAGGCAAUGCUCAUUGGGAGAUCAUAAUUCUUUCCAACUUACAUGAAUGCAACUGAAUCUGCAAAGGCAAAAGCAAGAUCAAUGAG